AUGCCGACGUGGCCCUCUCGAAUCCUUCCGAGCACGUCGUCGCCGAGCUCGAAUUCCAAUCCGGUUCACGCGCCGCCGCCGCCAUCGUCAACUCAUCGCAACCCGAUUGACAUAAAUCGAAGUGCAAUCAUCGCGAUAGACUACAAUGUGCCCAUUCUCUUACCAACAGGAGCCCCCGCGGCGACGGCGAAUACUUCGACAUCGGCAUCGCGAAAUCGACGUCGAUCGCAUGCACGUUCUAUUAGUCAGCCGUUCCCUUCACUGAUGAAUCCUAAUGCGCCUCGGAAGCUCGAUAAGAAACCGACCAAACGGGAUUUUGGUCUUGAUUUGGACUUUGAUUUUGAAGAUGAUGGUGCUGCUGCGGUUGGACUGGAUCAGACGCGGAAUGCUAGCGAUGACAUGGUGACGGGAAAGUGUAUCGCAUGCAAUUCGACUUGUCGUUGGCCGCGAAAUGUUCAAGUCUUUAGGUGCACGAUAUGUUUGACGGUUAAUGAUCUCGAGCCGCACCCCGCUGCAAAUAUAAGGGAUCGUUACGAUGAUGUGAAAGAUGAUGCUCAGCCGCCGCCUCCGCCACCUCCUCCGCCGCCUAAAGAUGGUGCACCUGAGGUUCCACCUGCCCCUAUAUCUAUUGAGGAAACAAGGCGGAUCACAGAGACUUGCCUGCUUAGGUUCCUUCACAGCCGCUUACCUGGCAACCAAGAUCCAAAAUCUGUACAGCCGGAGCAGCGACAUCGCGAAAUCAGCAAUGGACGACAGGAACCAAAGACGGAUGAAAGGCAACCUGUGCCCUCCAAUGCUCCAUCUGUGAUUGCUGAUACUAGGUUCCUUUCACCUCCUACUCGUGGAUCAGGAGAUAUGGAACGAAACGAUGGACGCACUCGUGUUCGCUCGAGUUCGGAUACGCCACCCAUAUCACAAAGAAGAGGCCAUUCUGCACAAGGCAGAGAACGCUCCCCAUUGCACGUGAACACAGAACCUGCAGAUUACAGAAGUCGUUCUGAGACCCGGCGGUCCAUUUUUAGACCUUUAGAGGAGUAUAUCAUCAAAUCAUUCGCGGGCUGCGAUUGCCUCAAUAAUUCUUUUAUGACUGCUAGUGCUCUCCGAUCCAUGUCAAAUGCGGGGCUUGAACCCCCGAAACAGGCCAUUCACCAUGAGAAUGUACCUGCUCAACAACAGGAGAAUGUACUAUCCCCGAAGUCUCCUACCUCAGAGACGGUCAUGUUUCCGGAGAUCGACCCGAAGAUGCUGCUUCUGGGUGAUUUGGCUGAGAAUUCGUCGUGGUGGAUGGGUGGCCGGCCGCGCCGUCAAGAUGUUAAAAAUGUAUGUCCUGAAAAACGAGAAAAGUCGCCUCUCCGGCCAAAGUCUGUUGUAACGACAAAGUCGCCGAGGAUCGAUUGGGAGGAGGUAGCUGAAUGGUAUCAGCUGAUCGUGCAUGUCGGGGAAAACUGGAGAGAAGUGUGGAACAAAAUCAGGUUAGCGGAACAAAAGCCUGGGCUGGAAGGCCAAACCAAGUUAGAUGCGGCGAUAGAUCUGGGCUUAAUUGAUAAGGAAAUUACCGAGGCUCGAGUACACGCUCAGAAGACCCUGUUGAAAGCCACUGAGAAUCUAUUGAAGCGUCCGCGACGUCCGCUACGCCGUCCUGAAUCGGUCAGAUUCCUACUCAUCUUACUUGCUAACCCUCAGCUCGUUUACACAAGUAAUAUCGCGCCAACGGUAUCAAACCUGCUUUCGCCGGACGCUAUUGCAGACGGUCAAAAAUCGUUUCCCAACUUCAGCAGGCGAUAUGGGUCGGGUGACCGAAAGACAUCGACAUCUUCCUCGAGUAGGUUGCAAUCCGGUAGCCUUGGUCAUCAUUCCGGGAUUAUCAAAAGGAUUCUCGGUCUUCUUGGGAAUCUACCAAAUGACUGCCAUCACUAUCUUGUUGGAUGGUUUUCACGCUUCUCCAAAGGCCAGUUUGAGACAUUAGUUGAUCUUGUCGGUCGAUUUGUUACGUAUCGGCUGAGCAGACAGCAUGGCCGUCACAGUAGCGAUUCAGGACAGGCUAUCAAUGGACUGGUUCCGAAUAUUCCAGGUGGAAUUGAGAGCUCACCUGCUCAUCUGCAUGCGGUACUUCAUGAAUCGCGUUCUUCAAAUCAACCGAACGAGGAUAACAAUCGUCGACGGGUGAUAUACAAUACAGAAGAUUGGCAAAUUCGAGCUGCUGCCCGGGUAAUGGCUUUACUAUUUGCCGCAAACAAUCAUGUCUCCAGUUCAAUACAUAAACGCGAUGUUCUUCUCCCGCAAGAUUACAAUAAUUCCACGACGCCUCUCAUCUCUCAAAAUAAAAGAAGCGGUUCGACCUUGAUACCUUUGAAUACAUUCUAUAACACGUUGUUGGAUUUUUCAGAUCUUGUCUCGGAUUUUGAAGCAUGGGAGUCGCGGACCGCCAGAUUCUCGUUUUGUCAAUACCCUUUCUUCUUGAGCAUUGCUGCAAAGAGCCGGAUUCUAGAGCACGAUGCCCGUCGUCAAAUGAAUAUCAAGGCCCGGCAAGCCUUUUUGGACAGCAUCCUGAAUCAUAAGGAUGUGAGUCAAUAUCUGAACCUGAGGGUUCGUCGAGACUGUCUUGUUGAGGAUAGCCUGAGGGGAGUCAGCGAAGUAGUAGGAGCGGGGUCGGAAGAUAUCAAGAAAAGCCUGCGCAUUGAGUUUAUUGGUGAGGAAGGAGUGGAUGCAGGAGGCCUUCGGAAGGAGUGGUUUCUGCUGCUUGUCAGGGAGGUCUUUGACCCUAAUCAUGGACUUUUCACCUAUGAUGAUGACUCGCAGUUUUGCUACUUCAACCCUUAUUGCUUUGAAUCCUCAGAGCAAUUCUUUUUGGUCGGAGUCCUCUUGGGUCUCGCAAUAUACAAUUCUACCAUUCUCGAUAUCGCACUGCCACCCUUUGCUUUCAAGAAGCUCCUCGCCGCAGCACCAUCUACAAGUAUCCCGGCAGCUGCGCAGAGACAACCGCAUACGUCGUCAUUGGAUGAUCUGGCUGAGUACCGACCCGCCCUUGCAAAGGGCCUACGUGCACUAUUGGAGUUUGACGGUGAUGUCCAGGAGACUUUCUGUUAUGACUUUGUCGCACAGGUUGACAGGUACGGCCAGGUUGUCAACGUACCACUCUGUCCGAAUGGAGAGAAUAAGCCCGUCACAAAUACGAACCGCCACGAAUUUGUCAGUCUCUAUGUUCAAUAUAUACUCGAUAUAUCAGUUCAAAGACAGUUUGAACCUUUCAAAAGAGGAUUCUACACAGUCUGUGGCGGGAAUGCUCUCGCAUUAUUCCGGCCAGAAGAAAUUGAAUUGAUGGUCCGCGGUUCAGACGAACCUCUUGACGUACCUACCCUCCGCGCAGUAGCCACAUACGAAAACUGGCCGACAUCGCAACCCAAACCCAACGACAAGAACAACAAAGACGCAAACACAGAAGCAGAACCCACCUCAGAACCAACAAUAUGCUGGUUCUGGGACUUCCUCGCCCGAUCCACGCCCACAAACCAGCGAAAACUACUUUCCUUCGUUACAGGCAGUGACCGUAUCCCCGCCACUGGAGCCGCGAGUCUGAGUAUCCGAAUCUCGUGUCUGGGCGAGGAUUCAUCGCGAUAUCCGAUUGCGCAUACCUGUUUCAAUAAGCUAGGUUUGUUUCGGUAUGCGUCCAGACAGAAGUUGGAACGGAUGCUUUGGGAUGCGAUUUGUAAUAGUGAGGGGUUUGGGUUGAAGUGA